UGCCACAGCAUGAAAGAAGCAAGAUUUUUAGAUAAGCAGCACCUGUCCUCACAGAGAGUAUAGUGUAGUCAUGGAGGUAGAUGUCUAUUCAGUUAACUGCAGUGCAAGGCACAGUGUGAUAAACACUAGAGGAGAGCUGCAAGCAAGUAUUGGGGGACCUCAGAAAAGAAAGUGGUUUGGCAGUGGCUUUGUGGAGGAGUGAGCUUUGAGCUGGACCUUGAAGGGAGAAGGAGAUGCGGGAGAAAGGAGUUUUGGGCUUAUGGAAUAACAAAGGUAGAGAAACCUGAAAGUACAUAUUACAUGUUCAGAAAUCUGUGGGAGGUUGGUGUGGCUGGAUCUUAAGAUUCUUGGGAUACUGUAGUUGCAGAUGAAACUGGGAAAAUUUGGGGGCCAAAUGAGGGAGAUUUUGAGUGCCAUGUUAAAUGUGUGUAUUAUAGGCAAACAAUUGCUGUGGCAGAGCUGAAAUGUGGAUUCGGUCAUCUGAGUACUAGUUACAUAUUCACACUUGCAUCCAUUGUCUGUCUAAGCACAGUUCAGCACAGUCCUAAUCAUCUUCAAGUACUCACAUAUCUAAGUAAAUGGAGUGUUCUUAUCCAUAUUCUCUUAAGUGACUCUUUUCAGCUGUGAAGACUAACAGCUGCAGAAUAACUUGGGGCCCUCUGAGUUUUCAUUAAGAUUGAGAUAAUGCUUUGAGUUACUUUAGAGUCAAGGAGUUUGUGGUACUGGACAGUGGUUUCCCUAACAGCUCCGCAGGGGAGAUGUCAGGCAAGACCCUAUCUCCAUUCAAUAUGAGGCAAAGAGGUAUUAAGACGUUCCUGGAGGUCAUACAGUUGGAUUCAGCAUCUAUUAAAAAACCACACGAUGCGAACCAUCUUUCUUUUUCCCAUACAACUUAGUUUAGUUAGCAGAUACUUAUUAGUAUCUGCUUAUUAGUAUCUACUCACAAAGGACAGAGCACUUGAUGAGGUAUAAAGGCUGGUUGCAAAGAAAACAGAUGAUUCUUACUUCCUAGGAGCUUAGUUUGGGAUGGAACUAGUGGUGUGCUGUAAACCAGCUCUCUAGAAGAAAAAAUACCCUGAUUUGUAAUGUUUGUCAAUUUCUGUGGUGUAUAUUCUCCCAGCAACUGAUUUCAAGCUACCAACUUGAUGUCACUAAACUUGGAGUUGGGAAGAGAUGUGCACAGUUGGUUCUCAGGAGCUGGUAGAGCUGGCUCCAGCACACCACGGGGUGAAUCACACAUACUAAGAAAAACUACAAUAACAACAGCUCCAGCUAUCUGACUUCAUGUGAAAGAUGGCUAAUGCGGAAGUGAGUGUCCCAGUGGGGGAUGUGGUUGUGGUACCCACUGAAGGAAGUGAAGGGGAGAACGCUGAAGAUACCAAAACCCAAGUGAUCUUGCAGUUACAGCCUGUGCAACAAGGUUUGUUUAUCGAUGGACACUUUUACAACAGGAUUUAUGAAGCCGGAUCCGAGAACAACACGGCAGUUGUGGCAGUAGAAACUCACACGAUACACAAAAUUGAAGAAGGGAUUGAUGCAAGCACUAUAGAAGCAAAUGAGGAUAUGGAAAUUGCUUACCCCAUAACUUGUGGGGAGAGCAAAGCCAUUCUCCUUUGGAAGAAGUUUGUAUGCCCAGGAAUAAAUGUAAAGUGUGUCAAGUUUAAUGAUCAGUUGAUCAGCCCCAAGCAUUUUGUUCAUCUGGCUGGCAAGUCCACCCUGAAGGACUGGAAGAGAGCUAUUCGUCUGGGUGGAAUCAUGCUCAGGAAAAUGAUGGACUCCGGACAGAUUGAUUUUUACCAACAUGACAAGGUUUGCUCCAAUACCUGCAGAAGCACCAAAUUUGAUCUUCUGAUCAGCAGUGCAAGAGCUCCAGUGCCAGGACAGCAGACAAGUGUGGUGCAGACACCCACUUCGGCCGAUGGUAGCAUCACACAGAUUGCCAUCUCAGAAGAGAGCAUGGAAGAGGCAGGGCUGGAAUGGAACUCGGCUCUCACUGCUGCUGUCAGCAUGGCCACAGAGGAGGGCAUGAAGAAAGACUCAGAGGAAAUUUCAGAGGACACUUUGAUGUUCUGGAAAGGAAUAGCUGAUGUAGGACUGAUGGAAGAGGUUGUCUGCAAUAUACAGAAGGAAAUAGAGGAGCUACUCAGGGGAGUUCAGCAGCGGCUUAUCCAGGCUCCCUUCCAGGUCACAGAUGCUGCUGUUCUCAACAAUGUAGCACAUACAUUUGGCCUAAUGGACACAGUCAAGAAGGUUUUAGACAACAGAAGGAACCAAGUAGAGCAGGGAGAAGAGCAGUUUCUCUAUACUCUGACAGACUUGGAACGCCAGUUGGAAGAGCAGAAGAAGCAAGCUCAGGAUCACAGGCUGAAAUCCCAGACGGUUCAAAAUGUGGUAUUGAUGCCUGUGAGCACUCCUAAGCCUCCCAAAAGGCCCCGGCUCCAGCGGCCAGCCUCUACCACCGUCCUGAGCCCUUCUCCUCCUGUCCAGCAGCCUCAGUUCACAGUCAUCUCACCCAUCACCAUCACCCCCGUGGGUCAGUCAUUUUCCAUGGGCAAUAUUCCAGUGGCCACCCUCAGCCAGGGCUCCAGUCCUGUGACUGUCCACGCACUUCCUUCUGGCCCUCAGCUCUUCCGUUAUGCCACAGUGGUCUCAUCUGCCAAGAGCAGCUCACCAGACACAGUGACCAUCCACCCUUCAUCUAGCCUGGCACUGCUAAGCUCCACCGCCAUGCAGGAUGGGAGUACCCUUGGCAACAUGACCACCAUGGUGAGCCCUGUGGAGUUGGUGGCCAUGGAGUCUGGCCUGACCUCAGCCAUCCAGGCUGUUGAAAGCACCUCAGAGGAUGGGCAGACCAUCAUUGAGAUUGACCCAGCCCCAGACCCAGAGGCUGAGGAUACUGAGGGCAAAGCAGUCAUUUUGGAGACAGAACUGAGGACUGAGGAGAAAGUCGUGGCUGAGAUGGAAGAACACCAGCAUCAAGUUCACAAUGUGGAGAUUGUGGUCUUAGAGGAUUAACUGGGGGUCUCGGGGCCAGGAGAUAUGUUUUGGUUUGGAAUUUUAAUUAUUUGUUUAUUUUUAUCAUUGUCCCACUCAUUUCCACAUAGGAUCCUUUUUUUUAAAAACAAAACCUUGUUGUUGUAACUGAACAGGUUGGGUCCCUUCCACCCCCUCAUUGAAAAAUGGACAAAACAAGCUGCCCUUCCGAAAGUUGAGAGUAGGUCACUCAAUGUCCUAAUCCUCUUACACCAAGAAAGUGAUUUCUUUUGGGGGAGGCAUCAAGAUAACCAGAAACCCUAUCCAGAAAGCCCUUUCCAGGCUAGUCUGUCUGUGUAUGCAUGUGGUUUUAUUCUCAUAAAGGUGCAUUGACCAAACCAGGGAACACAAAUCUGACCCUGGACGGCAACCCACUCACACGUGGAUGCAGAAGGAUACUUUACUCUGUAUCCUGGAAGGGGCCCUCAGAGGCCAAUGCAAAAGUCUGAAACAAAAGUAAGUUGCACUCUGCUUGGAGGGGAAGGUGGCAUACCAGCAGCGGCUUAUAAAGGGAAGUGCUUUGGCCAGGAUGGGGCAAGGAAAUUAUCUUACUUCCAGAAGUGCAACUGAUGCCUCUUAAUAUCUCUGAGGGUUACUACCAUGGCUGCCAUUUUGAGGCAAGGCCAGUGUUAAGAAGAAGGGUACAUUUCCACCGAGCAAGUGGCGUCAGAGGCCUGUGGCUUGGCAGAAAUAGAAAUCCAGAGACGUCACAGCUGUGCUUUGGGGUUCAGGUUCACCUUGCCCCCCACUUUGUCAAAACACUUACCCUCCUAGUCCAUUCAUUUGCAAACUGUGUGAUGUGGUGUAAAUUGCUCUGGUUCUUGGACUGUGGCUGUUCUCGGGGUGGGGCUCCAAGGCCAUCAUUUUUAUUGCAUGACUCCAGGAGCAGGAGAGUUCCUCUUCCAGACCAGCUGCCCUUUUUUUGUGGGGCCCUUUUUUGGCUUUGGAACCAAAAGCAGCCAUUCAUUUGGUGCUUCCUCUGUUCUACCCUCUGUUCCUCAGUGGUUAAUGGCAUCUGUCUCCUGGAUCCCACGCUCUUCAGAUUUUUGGCUGAUUCAGAGAACAGUGACAGGUGCCUGCCUGCCUUCAUCCCCUUUUAGAUUCAUAUAUACCAUUUAUACCACAGAUGUUUCUGUGAGAUAUUGAGCUCAUAAAAAAACCUUAGGUUUGGCAACACCCCACCCUAUCCCGAGGCACCGACUAGAUGUCUCCUCCUGAGCGAGCUGGACUCCCUGGGAAAGAAGCAUUGUCUGCAACAUUAUAUUAUAGGAAAUGUACCAGGAAUGUAAUAAUAAUAUCUUUUGGGGGGUUAUUUUGUUUUCUUCUUUUUUUUUAAUGUUUUUGUAUAUUUAGAGAUGGGCCCAUUUUCCAUGCUGUGAUUCCUUCUCUUUGACCAUCUUCAGUGUCUGGGGCAAGAGUGGAGUCUGUUUUUUGUUUCUUUGAUUGCAUUGUUUACUGCACUAGGAAAAAUAUAGGGAAACUGCAGACAAUUUAAAAGAAAAAUAGGUCAAAAAAGAAAGCAUACACUUUAGGAGUGGGAGAGUUUUUUUUUUUAAUUAAAUACAAAACUUUAACCUGUAGUUUCCUUUUUUUUUUUUGAAGGCACCCACCUGAAGCUAUGUUUCUUCCAACAGAUGUUGGAAACCCUGUUGUUAAGCAAGUGAAAACUGCAUCCUGCCAUCCCUCAGAUAGCUGUGUAUAGCUGGAGAAGCCCUCUAACUUGAAAGGGUCAAUCUUAAAAGCCUUAUGGGUGAGAUUUCUGAACCCCAUACUGUUGUGGUUUUCAGCUUUAAAAUUGGGGUUUUAUUUUUCUUUUCAAAAUAUCUAAUAGACAUAGCAAUCAGUUUAGAACAAACCUUUGGCCCUUUAUAUAUCUUUAGUGAAGGAAGUGGCUUUUAUUUCUUGCUUCUUUAGGUUGUCUGUUGGUACAUAAACAAAAACAAAAUUUCUGCCUAAGCCUAAAACUACUACUUGAACCUAGAAAGGCACAAGUCAUCUCUAUUGCGGUUUUUAGGGACACUUUUAUCUUUCCCAGAGACAAGAGGCUCAAAUCAGGACAGAGGAGGAGCCCUGGAGAACACCUACCCACUAGCUCAGGUUCCUUUCUUUCCUCCAUCAGAGCUGUUUGGUAGUGUUUUAAAGUAGUGUGAGCGUCAUGCUUCCAAAGUCAAGAGAUCACCUCCUAAAGACAGAGCCUGUUUACUUUCACUACCUGAAUAUUCCAGCUGGUGGAAAUACAUGAGCUUUGUUGUU